UCUCCCCAGACCUCGGCGUAGACAUUCAAGAUGUUUCAUCCUUCGUGAUUCUCCAAGAAAUCUCAACUCAAAAUUCUAUACUCUGAAGUCGUCAAAGUCAGCAAUCACGUCAUUUGGAUGAUUUCUCAGCUCUUCUUGGGCGACAGACCAUGGAUUUAGCCACUUGAUAACCACAAGGAAACAAGGCGAAACUCAGACCCAAUAUAUGCUACUAACAAAGUACUCUCAUAAGCCUUCCACAAGCAGUGAGAAGUACUAUGUCUUAAAAUGCUUGCUGCUGAGGACAACAGAUGGAUGGUGGUUGGCAUUUGCCUUUCAAAAGUUCUCACGCCGGUGAUGAGGGCAGUUUUGGAACAUGAAAUGCAGCAGCUUUACCAGAACCUAAUUCUGCCACCAAUCAACAUCCAUUCACAAACAUUUGCUUGUCAUUUAAAUUGUCUUUAUCCUUCAACACUGGCUCUAAAUUAUGGCAGCAUUAACAAUAAUAAACAUCAAGCAUCAUCCAAAAGUUAUGAUUACAGUGUGAAAGAUGAUGUCUCUCUUGCUAAACUCUUUGUCAAACCGAUCAUGUCUAGCUUCACUGGUUUCGAUGAAUCUCUGGACUUGUCAGCAGCUCUUUCCAUUUUGUGUGGGGCACCAAACUUUGUCUUCCAAGCUGUUGACAUUAUCGCAUCAGAAGUGCGCUCUAAGGUUCGUAAUGAAUGGGGCCAUUGCAAAUCUUCUACAUGGACAGAAGCUUACUAUUUGGACUGUUUUCAAUUAAUGAAAAACCUGAUUAAAAGACUGAAUCUCCCAGCAACUUUAGAUCAGGCAAACAUUUUGGAAGAACUUGAAACAUGGAGAAAAACAGGUGAGAAGACAUCGAUUUCUGUCCCCUUGCAUUUAAGUUUCAAACACCAUUGUGGGAAAUUGAGCAGUGAAACAUCUUUUCACCAUUAAAGAUCUGUACAUUAUUCAUCAUGGGGCCCACAUGUAAGAUUAAGGAUAGAUGAAUUUUUUACUCAUUUGUCUAAUGCAAUGGAGUCACUUUGAGAUGUAGAUCGUGACAUUUUGACUGCUAUACUGCUAGUCUUCAUCAGGUGAUGAGGUCAAUUGUUGCGUGUCCCAUUUGGGACAAAGUUGAGUUUAUUGAUCGUGACCCUCACUGGUACACACAAAGGGUCAAGGAAGCUAUCCGUAUAAGACUUCAUCCAAAUAACAUCAAUAGAGAUAGUGGAAUCAAAAUUCCUGAAGCAUGGAUACCUACAAUCAGAAAGCACAACAGGCGGUCAGUUAGAAUGCAGACCUAUGAGGGAACAGCGUCACAAAGUCGGAA